GGGUUGCAACUUCUUUUUAUCAUUAUUGGUGUAAUAUCGAGUCUCCGGAUUACUGUAUUUACACGUCGGAAUACUGGGUAGCGUAAUACAUUUUAUCUAAUAACCGCAUCGUUCUGCUGGAGGGUUGGAUUCGCGUGAAAGGUGUCCUUUGGAUGUGUGCGAUGGAAGCUAAUGCAGGGGAUGAGGGCAUUCACUUUCAAAGUUAUCCCUUUGAUUUCCUGGAGUUCUUGAAUCAUCAGCGCUUUGAGCCAAUGGAUGUGGUCAACCACCAUGACCAUUCCAAAACAGUAGCAACUCUGCAAGGCUUUCCACCCCAGUAUGAUUAUUGCAAUCAAAACCAGACAAAUCAUGUUCAGUUUGCUACAACCAGCACGUCAAAGCUAAAGGAAUUUAAAGCCGAAGUUCCUACUUCAAUUUCUUUCUCCCCUUCUAAAAAGUCUGAAAUUGUCAACACACCUCAACAUAACAGCCAGCCAUCUGUGCCAAAUAGUCAUACUCUAUUUGAAGGAACAUUUAACACACCACAGUGGGGGAUAGUUGACCUUUCCAGUCACCAACAUCUUUUCAAUAACCUAAAACGCACAUUAUCAGGGGCUCAACAGCAACCGUCAGAAGAUGAAAUAAAAGACAAUAAGAAUUAUUUUUGUAGGCUAAAGUAUCUCCUUGACAGCCGUUUUCCGUGUACAAUUUGCCAGAAGUCCUUUAAGCAAUCAUCACAUUUAGUACAGCACAUGCUGGUGCACACUGGUGAGAGGCCCUACGAGUGUAAUACAUGUGGACGCACAUAUAACCACAUCUCAAGUCUUAUUCGUCAUAAGCGCUGCCAUAAAGAGGAAACUGGACUUGAGGAAACUAAUAUAGUAGCAACUCCAGACAGAGAGACUGCAGAAGCAGCAGUUGUGGCCGCGGCGGCGGCGGCGGCGGCAAUGACAGCAUCAACUAUUGAUCCUAUUGAAGCACCUAUAGGUGGCAUAGAGCAAAGUAUAACCCUACAACAGGAUGGACCAUUUACCUGUAAUCUGUGUUGUAAAGUAUUUAAAAAGCAGAGCCACCUUCACCAACACCAAAUUAUACAUACUGGAGAAAAGCCAUUCAGUUGCAAUGUGUGCCAAAAAAGCUUCAAUAGACGUGAAAGCUUAAAGCGUCAUGUGAAAAUCCACUCUGAUUCUCUCAAAGAGCAGUGUGAGGUGUGUGGAAAAUCAUUUCGUGAUGCUACAUAUCUGGCAAAGCAUCAAGCCAGGCAUGCAAGUGAUCGGCCGGAUUAUAAAUGUGAUUUGUGUGGCAAGUCCUAUGCUGCCCCACAAAGUCUUUUAAGGCAUAAACAGGUGCAUGAACAAGGUCUUCUGCAGCCACAGCUGUCCAUUAACAAGCCAAUUAAAGAUUCUACUACAUCAGUUACUUUUCAAGCACAAUCAGUUCUACCCACAGAUGUUACUCAAGCUGCCCCUGCAGUUAUUAGUACUCUUGGAAAAAUGAGUGCUGCUUAUAGUCUGUCGUCAAUAAGAACACCUAUCCCAAACACUUCUAGCAAAAACUUUUGUUGUUCUGUAUGUGGUCGUGGUUUUGGUAGAAGAGAAACACUAAAACGUCAUGAGCGUAUUCACACAGGAGAAAAGCCACACCAGUGUUCAGUGUGUGGCAAGCGUUUUAGAGAAUCUUUUCACCUCACUAAGCAUCAUGUAGUCCACACACGAGAAAGACCAUACAAAUGUGAAUUGUGUGGAAAGGUUUUUGGUUACCCUCAGAGUUUGACCCGCCACAAGCAGAUCCACAGACUUCAGCUGCCUUGUAUGACACCUGUUGGAGUCCUCCCGUCUGGUAGACCCACAUUUGGAUGCACAGAUUGCGGUGAGAGGUUUCCAGACUCUUUUCAGCUUAUGAACCACAAAGAGUUGCACAUGAGUGAGAAGCCUUACGUGUGUGACACAUGUGACAAAUGCUUUGGUUUUAUUGAAAACCUGAUGUGGCAUAAACUGAUACACCAGACGGCCCCAGAAUGCCUACUUCCUGUAGAACAACGUCAAGAAACUGAACAAAAACGACAGUUAAAUAGUGUGGAUAGUAAUAUUCCUAAUAAUAUGGUUACUGAAACGCUAGUAGCAGCUGCUACAACCACUACCAGAGUUUCUUCCGCUUUUGAGAAGCAUCCUAUGGUACCUAGUGGUGAAAGAUUCUCUUGCAGUGUUUGUGGUCAGAGUUUUAAGCACUUCUUGGGAUUAGUUACUCAUAAAUACGUGCACUUGGUAAGGCGCACUCUGGCUUGUAACGUCUGUGGACAGAACUUUGCUGGGGCCUAUGAUCUGUUACUUCAUCGUCGCAAACACUUACAGAAGCGACAAUUUACUUGUUCUGUGUGUGGGAAACGCUUCUGGGAAGCAGCUCUUCUGAUGAGACAUCAACGUUGCCAUACAGAAGAGAGGCCUUACCGUUGUACAGUUUGUGGAAGAGGCUUUUUACAUUCAUGGUACCUUCGGCAACACAAAGUUGUACACACUGGUGAGAGAGCUUACAAGUGUGCCUUGUGCAGUAAGCGUUUUGCACAGUCCUCCAGCUUAGCAGAGCACCAGAGACUACACAUUGUUGCUCGUCCUCAGCAAUGCGUGACUUGUGGCAAGACUUUUCGUUAUCGCUCCAAUCUCUUAGAGCACCAGCGUGUGCACUUAGGUGAAAAGGUUUACCGAUGUGACCAGUGUGGUAAAAGUUUUUUCUAUAUUUCUUCAAUUCUGCGUCAUCAAAGAUCCCAUGAAACUAAGCCUGAAUUGCGCUGUUCUUGUUGUCUCAAACUGUUCAAGGACCCAAAGUAUUUCAGCAAACACGUACAAACCCAUCAGGGAGGGCGUCCGUUCAAAUGUGGUGCUUGUGGUGAGGCUUUCAGCAAUACCUAUGCACUGAAGAAGCACCGGCAUACACAUAAAAUGGAGAAACUUUAUGCAGCUUCCCUUACUGAAUGACACAUCAUUUUUGCCUGGAUUCUAUUGAUCUCAAUUUUCAACCUUUUGGGAAAGAAAAUAAAUCAGAAGAUCGUAUUAAUUAGUGUCAUAAGUUUCCUGUAAAAUCCAAAGUAUAUUUAUAACCUGCAGCUGUGAUUUACCAGGACAACAUGAAUUGUUAUUGACUGGUAUAAGUUAAUCCAUUCGCUGCUAUAAUUUCCACAUAAAAAGUGCUUAAAGCUAGAAUUCAGCAUUUUCACUUUUAUUGCCAAAAUGUUGUAGAGCAAAAAUCCACAAAAUCCGUAUUAUGCAUUCUAAUUGAUCAUAUUAUUGAUACCAUUUAACAGUUAUUAAAUGAAAAUAAAAUACACUAAAUGGCUAAAAGUAUGACACCUGACCAUCACACCUAUAUAAGGUUGUUGGACAUCCUGUUCCCAAAGCAUGGGCAUUAGUUUGGAGUUAGCACCCCCUCUUUUGUGGCUUAUAACAGCUUCUACUCUUCAGGGAAGGCUUUCCACAAGAUUUUGGAGUGUGUCUGUGAAGAUUUGUGCGCAUUCAGCUAAAAAAGCAUUUGUGAUACCAGGUACUGAUGUUGCAUGAGAAGAUCUGGUUCCCAAAGGUGUUCAGUGGGAUUAAGGUUAGAGCUGUGUGCAUACCACUCGAGUUUAUCCAGACCAAACUGGUCAAACCAUACAUUUAUGGUCAUGCUGGAUCAGGAAACAGGGAAACAACUUUCCCUAAAUAUGUGCCACAAAGUUGGAAGCAUGCAAUUAUCUUGUAUGUCUUUGUACGCUGUAGCAUUAACAUUACCCAUCACUUAAACUUAGCAGCUUAGCACAAACCCUUAAAACAGCAUCAGACCAUUAUACCUUGUCCACCAAAUUUUACAGUAGGCACUAUGCAUUCCAGUAGGUAGCAUUCUCCUGGUAUGCGCCAAACCCAGAUUUAUCCAUCAGACCUCCGGGUAGUGAAUCAUGAUUUAUCCGGUGGAGGUGUCUGUGUGCAGCUGCUCUGCCAUGAAAGCUCAUUUCAUUACGCGCUGGACACACAAUGUUUGUGCUAAUGUAGCUUCCAGAGGUAGUUUGGCGACAGAGGACAGGCACAUUUUACCUACUUCAACAUUUACGUACUUCAGAGUGUGCGACCCGUACUACUGUCCGUGUUUGACUAUGGAGGUGGCAAAAACUCAAUCUUUAGAAGGAGUUAUCCACAUGCCGUUUGUCUUAUAAUGUAUAUUGAAUAGUUAGGCGCUUGUAGAGUGCCCCUUAAUAAAUUUAACAUUAAUCAUUAUAUAUAUAUAUAUAUAUAUAUACUAUUUUAUUCUAUUUUUUUUAAAGAUGAGGAUAGUUCCAAUAUGCAAUAAGAGUUUUUAUGUUACCUAACAAUCUUUGUCAAUCUAUUUGACAUUUGUGAGCCUGGCUAAUGGUUAUUAUGCAGUUGAGAACAUAUAUAAAUCCAUCAAGUUCAAUAAACUUUAGUUUGUUGUUACAUACCCUUUGAAUAUGUUGAGGACGGUAAUGUGACCCAUAGCAAAUAAUAUAGCCCAAAAGCAAACUCAAUGGUACCAUUAAAACUUUAUCGUGCUUAAUGACAAAAACAAAACAAAUAGCUGUGUCCUCAAAUCAGCAAAUACAUUAGGUAAAGUCCAAUGGGAUGCAAAGUUUGGAGACAGAUCUAAAUGCUAUGGCAGCCUGGCUCCUGAAAUGUCUCCAGUCCUGCUAUAAAUUAGCAGUUUUUUGCUAUGUUAAUUGCUUUUCAUCAGAAUACGAUACUAAUACCUUCAUACAUUUUUUUUUUGUAAGAAGUUUAUAAAUUGUAAUACACUGGCUUUAUUCAGUUUCAAGGUAAAACAAUAAAAAUGCAGUUAAAACCUG